CUUGAGUGUCGUCGUUGCUACUGCUGGUUGCUGGCUGGUUAGGUUGCUACCCCCCUCAGUGCUUUGCUCAUUUUAGUGCUACCCCUCGUUCGCUUUCCUUCCUUCUCCUCCUCCUCCACUUCUUCUCUCUCGCUCUUCUCCCGUCAUUCUCUCUUCUCGUUCCACCUCCUCAACGCUUCUCUCUACAUUGUUUUAAUUCCCCCAGAUCUCAAAUUCAUUCACAACCUGUCAAAAUGGUCAAGGCUGUCGCUGUUCUCCGUGGAGACUCCAAGGUCUCCGGCACUGUCACUUUCGAGCAGGCCGACGAGAACACCCCCACCACCAUCUCCUGGAACGUCACCGGCAACGACGCCAACGCUGAGCGUGGCUUCCACGUCCACCAGUUCGGUGACAACACCAACGGCUGCACCUCCGCUGGCCCUCACUUCAACCCCUUCGGCAAGACCCACGGUGCCCCCGAGGACUCCGAGCGCCACGUCGGUGACUUGGGCAACUUCAAGACCGAUGCCGAGGGUAACGCCGUCGGCUCCAAGCAGGACAAGCUUGUGAAGCUCAUCGGUGCCGAGAGCGUCCUGGGCCGGACCCUGGUCGUCCACGCCGGCACUGAUGACCUCGGCAAGGGUGGUAACGAGGAGUCCAAGAAGACCGGUAACGCUGGUCUCCGCCCUGCUUGCGGUGUCAUCGGUAUUGCCGCUUAAAUGCAUUACCCAAAUGUGUUUGAUGUCUUAGUUUAGGAUGCGAACGGCUGAACCAGAAUGGAAUUAGUCUGCUGUUGUCCGAUCGAUCUCAUGAAACAAAUUGGAAUGCAUGAAUGACUUGAUGCUGUUAA